UCCUAAAGCCAAUAAUGUCCACAAACAAUGAGAUGAAAAACACCAUUCCCAAUGAUCAAAUACAUAUUCCAAAUUUCCCACUAGAGAUCAUCAUAGAAAUACUUUCAAGAUUACCAGUCAAAUCACUCUUGAAAUUCAAGUCUGUUUCGAAAUCAUGGCUUUCAUUAAUUUCAUCAUCUCAUUUUUCGAAAUCUCAUUUAAACAUAUCAUCAAGAAACAACAAUUUAUCAUACAAAAAUCUCCUUUUACUCUCCAUGUAUCUACCUCAUUCUCUAUAUUCUUGCACCCUUUACUCUACAUUGCAUGAAAAAUCCAAUCUUUGUCUCAACAAACUCAAUUUCCCUUGGAAUCCAUCAAACAUUAUAGCUGGAGUUUCUUUAUGUAAUGGUUUGUUCUUGAUUUGUAUUGGUAUGUACAAUAAUAACUUGUAUUUGUGGAAUCCAUCUACUAGAAAAAACAAGAUUUUGCCUUUUUCUAGUUGUACUAAGUAUUCAAGAUGUGAUGUUACUUUUGGUUUUGGUUAUGAUGAGUUUAAUGAUGAUUAUAAAGUUGUUGAGAUUUAUGGGGUUUAUGAUAUUCACUAUGUAUAUGAUGCAAAUAUCAAGAUUUAUAGUUUAAGGUCAAAUUCUUGGAAAAUUAUGAAAAAGUAUAGUGAUGCACUUUUUUCCUCUGAUUCUGGUGUUUUCUUGAAUGGAUGUGUUCAUUGGGCUGUGGCACAUAAUGAUGGAUCUUGUAUUUAUUGGGAUAUAGUUUCACUUAACUUGGAAAAUGAGAAAUUUGGGAAUUUUGCAUUGCCUAGUUUUGAUGGUUUUGAUGGUUUUGAUAAUUCAAGGUCAUUAGGAGAUUCAAGUGAUUGUGAACUAGGGACUAUGAAUUGGUCAUUAGGGAAGUUAGGGGAUUUUCUUUGUUUGUUUUGUGACUAUUAUAAAGUUAAGUUGGAUGUAUGGAUAAUGAAGGAGUAUAACGCGAAAGGGUGUUGGAUUAAAUCGGUUUCCCUUCCUUAUGUAAGGGGAGUAGGGCCUUGUAUAUCACCGUUGUGGAUAUCAGACAUCGGUGGUGAAGUGUUGUUGCAUGAUGGAACGCAUGUUAUGGUGUAUGACUCGAGGAAUGAUGAGUACAAACGCGUGGAGAUUCGUGAAAUGGAUGGUGAUGGUGUUGGAGCAGCAACUGUCUAUGCUGAGAGCCUUGUUUCGCCUUAUCUUGACAGUAUUGAAAAUACGCCUGAAAUGCAGUAAUGGCCAGUUUUCACGCACCUCGACUAAUUCCACAGGAUACCUGUCACCUCCUAUCAGCAACAAGUACCAUGUAACUCUGUCCACCAAGACUAGGACAAAUGAGAAGAGUCGCCUAGUGUUUUUUAUCUCUGUCAGUUUAAAAAACUUUGUAGCUUUUGUGU